GGGCAGGAAGGGCUUAAUGUGAGGGGUGAUCAAAGGGUUAACUGUGUGGUGGGAGUGUUUUACUAAGGGGCGGGGGGGUGUUCUUCACUGUAAGCACACUGAUCGGGAUGGCUGUACUGUGCACAGCCAUCCUGAGCAGUGUGCUCAAGCUGACAGGGAGGAAGUUUGUUUGUAAACAAAACAAUCUUCCUUCCCGUUUCAGAUGCUCGGUAAUCACCAGGCGCCGGUGGGUAAUUACCAUCUGGGACCCGGUGAUUGCCAUGCAUGGCCGCGAAUGGUGGGACGGGUAGGAAAUGCAUGAUGACGUAUAUAUACGUGAUCCUGCGCACAGGUGCUGCCCUGUAGCAGUAUAUCUGCUAUAGGGCAGUC